AUGAAGUGCAAAACACCAAGUUUGAACCCUCUUCGGAUCCAACCGACACAAGAUCGUAACGAACGAUUCGAGGAAGAAGAAGUCCAUGAACAGCCAUUGAGUCCUGUGUCUAGGUUGUUUCAUGAACCUGGUGCUAAUGUCCACAUUAUCACCAUCAUCGGUAUGAAAACCCUAAUCAAUCCGGAUGUUUUCAAAGCCAAUUUGGUUCAUUUGCUCCGUAAAAAUCACCGCUUCUCAAGUUUACAGGUUUUGGACAAAGAAAAUGGGAAAAUGACAUGGGUUCCAACACAAGUGAACUUAGAUGACCAUGUUGCUGUUCCAAAACUUGAUCCAAACAUGGAGUCAGGAGACAAGUUUGUGGAAGAUUACAUCUCAAACCUAAGUAAAUCCCAUAUCGACUACUCGAAACCCUUAUGGGAUAUACACAUCCUCAACACGAAGACGUUAGAUGCACACGGCACGUGCGUCUUUCGCACUCAUCACUCGCUUGGUGAUGGCAUUUCUUUGAUCAAUCUCUUGCUCGCUUGUAGUCGCAAGGCCUCAGAUCCUGAGGCCUUGCCUACGCUUCCCGGAUCCAAUAAAUCUGGUCGACAAGUUCGACUAGUUACUGAUUUAAGAUCCCUAUUUAUGGUCAUUUGGAACACGAUUGUCGCACUUGUGGUGUUCAUCUCGACUGUGUUGUUUGAUCUAAAAGACACAAAAACACCAGUAACAGGCUAUGCAGGCAUGGAGGGUAAGCCUCGUCGCUUUGUCUUUACACGUGUUAGCUUUGAUGAUAUAAAGUUGGUGAAAAAAGCUUUGGAUGUGAAGGUAAACGACGUAGUACUUGGAGUCAUAAAAGCUGGCUUAUACCGCUAUCUAAACCGGAGAUAUGGAGCAAUCGAGAACAAUGACAAUCAUGUUCCUGAGGACAUUCGCCUUCACGCAACGCUUUCCUUCAACAUGCGACCCUCUACAAUGAUCGAUUUUUCCAGUACUGAUACGACUAGAGGACAUGGAGCACUGGGAAACAAGAUCGCUUACGUAUUACUUCCAUUCAGCAUCAAACAUAACCAAGAUUCGUUAGAUUAUGUGCGAGAAGUGAAGACCGACAUGGAACGAAAGAAAGCUUCUAUAGAGCCGUUAUGCACUUCAUUCAUUGCUCAUUUGGUCAUGAAGUUGUUUGGUACUAAGUUUGCAGGAAAAAUGAAACACAGAGUUUACGCCAACACAACGUUUUCCUUCUCCAAUGUUCCUGGACCUCAGGAACAAAUCUCCUUUCUUGGGCAUGAAGUUAACUACAUUGCUCCCGGUUGUUACGGCCAACCAAUGGGCUUAAUGAUUUGUGUGUUGAGUUACGGGGACAAAGUGACAUUUUCGAUAUCGGUUGAAGAAGAAACCAUACCUGACCCUCAAAAUUUGUGUGAUGAUCUUCAACAAUCCCUCCACCUUAUCAAGUCUUCCCUAGUUGGAUAA